CCCUCUCUUCCCGCUCUCCUCCUUCAUCAGUCAUCACACACGCCUCUGACACCAUAUCUCCACCUCCCCGGCCCUGUCCUGCGAGCCGUCAGAGGAUUGCCUCCUCCUCCUCGUCUUCCUCAUCACACUGUCUCUCUCCCUCUUCCUUCCUCCUGGACCUGCAUAUGCUGGCCACCUGUGGCGUCACACUUUAUAAGAGCACGCGGCCGGCAACCCUCUUCCUCGCCAUCCAUUGUUGCCACGAGUAGAAGCUUUUGCUGCUGACGCCUGACGCUGCCCUGCCGCCGAGCCGGUUGGAGAAAAAGAGUACGUAGAGGGACACUGAAACAGAGGAGCCAAGGGGAGCGACGAGACGAGCGAGAGGCCGGCCGGCGGAGAUCGAUGGAAGCAGCAGGAGUAGUGGAGGUGGAGGAGGGCGUGAUGAGGGUGCUGCUGGUGGACGACUCCCCCGUCGACCGCCGGGUGGCGCAGCUGCUCCUUAGCAGCAACUCCUGCGCCGGCUCAUUCCACGUCAUCGCCGUGGACAGCGCGAAGAAGGCGAUGGAGUUCCUCGGCCUCAAGGACGGCGGCGGCAAGGAGCAGACCAUCGACAUGGUGCUCACCGACUACUGCAUGCCUGAGAUGACCGGCUACGACCUCCUCAGGGCCAUCAAGGCACUGAACCCUCUGAAGCCGAUCCCGGUCAUCGUCAUGUCGUCAGAAGACGAGCCCCAGAGAAUCAGCCGAUGCCUGAACGCCGGCGCCGAGGACUACAUCGUGAAGCCCCUGCAGAGCAAGGACGUGCAGCGCCUCCGGAACUGCUCCACCGCCGCCGCCGUCGUGGCCAAGCGGAAUAACAACAAGCCGCCGCUGGUGCUGCCGCCCUCCUCCUCCGCCGCCGCCACGUCGCCGUCGUCGGGACGGCGAGCGGCCAUGGUGCUGCACUCGUCGAGCGUGGAGCUCUCGCAGUACCUGCCGCUCCUGCUCAAGCUCGUCGUGCUGCUGUGCGCCGUGCUGUGCCUCGGCGAGCUCCUGCACAGAUGGUCAUCGUCCUGUGGCCGCUGCUCGCUCUCCCCAUGGCGUGCCUGAGCAGCAAGCGGCAAAGCCAGCAACGCUGCAGUGCAGUUCUGGUCUCCUGGGCACCCCAACAGGAGGCUGAUGAUACAAAUGCAGAGCUCUUCUGCAGCAGCUGCGGCUACACCAAGUUCUGAAGAUUGAGACUGAUGAGGAAAUGGACAUGUACGGCGAUCUCCACCCAAUUUCUGUACAAAUACAUCGCCGUACACGGUGGUUGAGACCAUGUCACUU